AUGAAUGUUAAUAAAUAUACUGGUGUUGUUGGUAAUCAACCAACCACAACAUCAUCACAACAACAGCAGCAACAGCAACAACAAGCAAUGAAAUCAUCUUUAGGUAUGAGUGGAGGAAUAGAGAAAUCACCACUUCAAAUUGGAAAUUAUAGAUUAGAUAAAACUGUUGGUAUAGGUUCAUUCGGUAAAGUUAAAGUUGCUGAACAUAUAAAGACAGGUGCAAAAGUAGCAGUGAAAAUAUUGAAUAGAAAUAAGAUAAAGUUUAUGAGGAUGGACGAGAAGAUCAGGAGAGAAAUACAGAAUCUAAAGUUGUUUAGACACCCUCAUAUCAUUAAGUUGUAUGAGGUCAUAGAGACACCAACCGAUAUCUUCAUGGUAAUGGAAUACGUUACCGGUGGCGAGUUGUUUGAUUACAUCGUGAAGAAUGGUAAACUACCGGAAGACGAAUCACGCAGACUCUUCCAACAAAUGAUAUCGGGUAUCGAGUAUUGUCAUCAUCACAUGGUGGUACAUCGUGACCUGAAACCAGAGAAUCUAUUAUUAGAUCCAACUCAUAAAUGUAUAAAGAUUGCAGAUUUUGGAUUAUCGAAUAUGAUGCAAGACGGUGAUUUCCUAAAGACGAGUUGUGGAUCACCUAAUUACGCAGCACCAGAGGUAAUCUCUGGAAAGUUGUAUGCAGGUCCGGAAGUAGAUGUGUGGUCAUGUGGUGUUAUUCUAUAUGCUUUCUUGUGUGCAAAGUUACCAUUUGACGAUGAUCACAUACCUACUUUAUUUAAAAAGAUUAGAGAUGGUGUAUUCGUUAUUCCAGAUUAUAUUUCACCUAGUUGUGCAGAUUUAAUAAAGCAAAUGUUGAUUGUAGAUCCUGUUAAGCGUAUUUCGAUUAGUGAGAUUCGAAAGCACCCUUGGUUUCAGACGAAUCUACCGGCGUAUUUGUCGUCACCGCAGAUCUUCCUCUCGAGGAGCGCUCACCAGCUGGAUCCAGAGAUACUGGAUGAACUCGUUGCAAAGUAUGAAUCGACCGGUGCGAAACGCGAGCAGAUCGUUGCGGAACUCGAGAAGAUGGAAGAAGGCGAUGUCAACGAUUACAUUGUAGCGUAUCAUCUGCUGAUCGAUCAAAAGAAGAACCCAUAUGCCGACUCCAUCAUCGAAUCGAAAACACAAUCUUCACUGCUGACACCCGGUGCAACGACACCGAUCUAUCAAUCACUCUCCUCAUCACAAUCCUCACAGGAAUAUGGUGGAAGUCCAUCCUCGACAUCACAACAACUCAGAAAAUGGUAUCUAGGUGCAAUCUCACAACUACCACCACAAGAAAUUAUGAGAGAAGUUUAUAGAUCAUUACAAAUAGUUGGUUUUGAAUGGAAAGUAACAGGACCAUAUCAAUUAAGAUGUAGAAUAAUGAAUGAUAGACCUAUAAAGAUUGUAUUACAGUUGUUUAGAGUUACAGAGAACCGCUAUCUAUUGGAUAUCAAAAAGAUAGAAGGAGAGAUCUUUAUAUUCUUUGAUAUUUGUUCAGAGCUGCUAACAGAACUUAAUCUUUGA